CUAGCUAGCUAGCUAGCUAGGCUAGCUAUAUAGCGAUCUAGCUGCACCCCGCUUUGGGGGGCGGAGUCUCGUGUACUCCAAUAAUCGCACACUAUCCUCGUGCAGAAGGAUCAUCAUGAGCAGCGUUGGGGAGGAGCUGUCCACACUCAAAGACAAGAUCUCCAAAAUUCCCAACGCUGACGUAAUAUCUUGCCAUCCUUCGCUGGUACAAAUAAAAAUUAGGCAGACUGACCAUAGGCAAGUGAAUGUCUGUUGCCAAUUCCCUGAGAGUUACCCAUCGAGACCACUUCUAGUUGAGCUGAAGAGCAAGACGAUAGCUGACAGAAUGCUCGAGGGAAUGGUGAAGGUGUUUGAUCAGGAACUGCUCAGAAUAUCAGGACAGCCUCAGAUUGUCCACCUGGUGAGGUUUGUGAGUGAAUUUCUGACCAACAAUCCGUUUGUGGUUUGUUCGGAGGAGUUGAACCACGUGAAGCACAAGUUGGCGAGCGAGGCAGACACUCUGAAAGUGAAACGCAAGACUGGAGUCAUUCUCUAUAAGGCAACUCAGAAUAGCUACUUCAUAGACUUCAGAGUGGCUCUGCCAGACGACUACCCUAACCAACACGUGAGACUGGAUAUCAAGGAGACCAAUUUCCCGCCAGAGCUGAUGACAGUCAUCACAGGUCAUGUGAUGGAGAGACUGAGGCGGUGUGUGGAGCCACCUCUCAACAAACCAACGGACCCAGCAUUUGAGCCAAGGCCCUCCCUCCGAGUGGCUGUAGAUUACGUGGUUACAGAGUGCGUCAGGAAAUACCCCCUAGAGAAAUGCUCCAUCUGUGAGCUCACUGCACUACCACAUGAUCCUCAGGUGAUGUCACUGCACUAUCACAUGAUCCUCAGGCGAAUGUGCACAUGUAUGCAUGCCAUAUACCCACAACUCAUGAGAAGUGUUUACGUUGAACUAACUACAAGUCUUGGCUUGGCCCUCGUAAUGCUAACCACAAGGCAUGUGCUUUCUGUGACACUAUUAUAUAAUAUUAUGCUUGCAUAUCAUACUUGCCUACCAUAUCUUUGGAUUCGUGUAUUACACAGAGCGUGGUAAAGGAUGAAAACCAUCCACAAUAUGUGUAUCGGAUCUACUGCGGACACUUGUACCACAGAAAAUGUAUAGAAGAGUACCUCAAGAAACCUCCUUUUAACGGGGGCAAGAAAUGUGUGAUAUGUGGAGAGAGAGUGGCUCACGACAAAUGGAACAUUAGUCCGCGACUGGCAGAGCAGCGCUGGGCACAACAUCAGGCCAGACUCAGAGAAAUCGACGAAGUUGUUGAUUUUUUAUCGUGACGUAGGAUUCUAAUUACUAUUUAUCUUAUUGCUGUAACCCUUUCUUUAAAGCUCAGUUAAUGCACAAACCCAUUUCUGUCUCAUAAAUGAAACAGGAAAAUUUGGAGAUAGAAAAAAAACUCGGCAAAUUUCUCUCAAUUUUAGAAACGCGUGCAAUUUUGUUGCAAGUUCACUUUCACUUUUAUGGGACUGUGAUUAUAGGGCUUAUAAUAAUAUAAUUAUGUACAUAUUUUCAUUUGUGUCGUAUGUACAUAUAAAAUUGCAGACAAUAGUCUGAGGACUCAACAAUCUUGCUGCUGACCCUCAGUAUAUUAUAGUGUUGAUACAACAAAAAGUGGGACGCUAUUUUAAGCAUGUAUGUAUACUGUCUGUGCAUGGUUUGCUGAAAUUAAGUUUACGAUUGCUCUCUACUUGUGUCUUGUUGUCUCUGAUUCUGUUGCCUCUAUAAAAGUGUUACAUCUUUCCGUCAUCCACUGAUACACUCUAUCUCUUGCACAUGCCACAAGUAGAGGAAUGACAUACAUAGCAGCCGGGAGGAAUACCAGGAGUAUAGCGGCAACACUUGACAUAACUGGAUUCUCUGCGUAGUUUAGAAUUGAGUAAAUGUACGGAUCUCCAGAUUCGUUUGUUCCAUUUGCUGCGUAGUAAAUCCCGGAGAAUACGACGUAGUUGAGAGUGAAGAUGCAAGGGUAGAGAAAAUGUAGGGCGUUGAAUGGCACCAGACUCAGAACUAUGUCGCAGAUGACUAGGACUGCAUUGAUGCCGUGUACGUGUAUAGAUAGAAAGUCAACUCCACAAUCUUCUCGACUACCAGUGGAUGUAUUGCGAUCUAUGAAACUAGCCGCCAAUGUAGUGUUAUUUUCUGUCUCUCUGAUGCAAGGUUCGUAUUGUGUCGACCAGAAACCAAUACAAACCAUCACAGUCACAGUGUGUGACGUGAUGUACAAUGCCCAGAACAUCUUCACAACCAGUUUAUAUCAUCUCCUCCAUUAUUGUU